AUCCUAGACUUGGAGGGAGUCUCUUAGCGGAGCAGAACUCUCUCAGUUAUUACCCUGACCUCCCAGAGGACCCCAGUGAGACUUCUUACAGGAAAAAGAGACCCUCACAGGAUUUGAUUUUCAAUUAAAAAAGACAUUAUUAACCUCAAUUUAGAAAACAGCCAAAAAUACUCAAAAUUGACCCAAACUUCACUUAUUGGGAGCAGAAUAAGUCCCUUUAAACCAAUCAUCUGACACCGUCUCCCUGUGAAGGCACCAGCUGUUGUAGAAGAAGAUCUGCAAACUUUAUCAUCUAAAUCAACUUUAUUUUUUCGAUCGAUAAACCAAUUUUUUCCGCUUUUUUUUGCUAUCGGCAUCGCCAUGGAGAUAUUGGAUAGCGGGGACCCGGUGAUGCAGUGGGACCGUAAACUUAGCGAGCUGUCAGAGGUCCAAGAGAGCGACUCGCUAUACAAUACGCCUUUCUCGGAGCUCAUUGAUGACUCGGCCCUCCUGGAUGUUCUCGGCCAGCUCAUGGGAGAUCCAUUCCUCACCGAAAAGUACGAGAUGAUGGAGGUCGAGAUGAAUCCAAGCUCCCCCUCGCCCAUGAUCAAGGUGGAGCACAGCUACUCGCUGUGUGGGGACUCUCGCCCUCAGUCGCCUUUCACCCAUGGCUCCUCGGACGAGAACUUCAGCGAUGCUGAUUUGACUGGUGAGGAUUGGUGUCUUACUGGAGAUCUCGCCUCGACCAAAAUCAAGAUGGAAGGGACCCUUGAGGAGAGCUCAGGCCUUACUCCGUCUGUGACUCUGACGACCGGCGCUGUAGUGGUGGCCCCAGAGGUGGACAUCCAAACCGAGAUUUCAGUUUGCGAGGAGGCCAAGGAACUGAAUCCCAAGGCUCUGCCUCAGAUCAAACUGGAACCACACGAGGUUGACCAAUUCCUCAACUUGUGCCCAAAAGAAGCUGCCUCUGCCGAUUCUCUGCAACUGCCCCCGACCCCACCGAGCAGCCACGGCAGCGACUCCGAGGGAUGCCAGAGCCCCAGCCGGUCUCUUCCUCCGUCCAGCCCGCUGCAGUCUCAGUCUUGCGGCAAAGUGGUGGCUCGUAGCCCGUCGGCGCUGUCUAACUCGCCCCUGCUGACCGCACCGCACAAGCUGCAGGGCACCGGCCCUCUCAUGCUAACCGAGGAGGAGAAGAGGACUCUGGUAGCAGAAGGAUACCCCAUCCCCACAAAACUGCCUCUAACCAAAGCCGAGGAGAAGGCACUGAAGAAAAUCAGACGGAAGAUUAAGAAUAAGAUUUCUGCCCAAGAAAGUCGUAGGAAGAAAAAAGAAUACAUGGACAGCCUGGAGAAAAGGGUUGAGAACUGCUCAUCCGAAAACAGCGAGCUGCGUAAGAAGGUGGAGGUCUUGGAGACCACGAACAGGACCCUCUUGCAGCAGCUGCAACGUCUCCAGGCCAUGGUGGCCGGGAAGGUGUCCCGUUCUUGCAAGGCGGCGAGCACUCAAACCGGAACCUGCCUCAUGGUGGUGGUGCUGUGUUUUGCCGUCAUUUUUGGAAGCUUCACCCAGAACUUUGACCCAUACCCAUCAGCCACCAAAACGGUGCCAGAGCCCAGUCGGCAGUCGGCACAGGAGUCGUACGCAGCCUCCAUCGUGCGCUCCCGCAAUCUCCUGAUCUUUGAGGAGCACCGAGGUCUGGAGGAGCUUCACACCUCGUCCGUGGCUCUGGACACGCAAGACACUUGGGAGAGGCGCAUGGAGAGCAUAUCUCAGCACCGAGCGGCGGUACUGGAGGAGUAUAACCUCGCGCAGGAGAAGUCUCAUACAGCAUCCAAUGACAGCAGCCGAGAAGGAGCAGUCGUGUACAGGAUCAGUUCCGAGUUGAAUGAACCGACGAAAGUCAUAGAACUGGACAGAAGAGUUAACGCCACUUCCUAAUAGAGGGUCAGCUCCCGCGUCCCCGGAAUCCCCAGCUCCUCCGAUACCACCCCCAGCUGACGUAGUCACCCAUCAAAUUGCCCCAGACGUGAGCCGGCCCCUCGGACUUGGUGUCAUCACGGCUGGUGAAGGGCCAGAGACUUUGACUUGACGUCUGGGGCGGAUGGAUGUUUGAAAUCCGAUCGUUGUUAAUUGGCCCCCCCUUUUUCUGGGGUUCUAUCCAGGGGGCAAGUUUGGACUCUUCCCCCGUUUCGGUCGACCGGUAGCACCGGUGGAAUCUGUCGUGUUUUCAAUUAGCCCCGCUGGGAGGGGCAACAGCAAUGUACAAUUCCACCGUUAUUCCAUUAGAACCCCUUUAUUUUUUAACCCUUUGGGUACGGGAGAUAAACUCUUUAUUCCUCUGUCUCUCAAAGAGUUAAAAGGGGGGGGUUGCUACAAAAUAUUAUUUAAAUCAUCUUUAAAUUGUCCAUUUCCCCCCCAGCUUUAUAUUUGGAAAGUGUUAUCAGAUGGUGUUUUAACCCUUUCAAUUCUUAAUGCUUCUGGUAUACCCCCAUAGGAGAAAAAAUUAGGGGGGGGUGAAUGGAAAUACUAACGACUGAGACUCGGGGUGAUGAAAAAAAGGGAUUUAAACCCAAAAACUGCCCAAUAUUCCUGUUUUUUGAGUGCCUUAAAGUCCUAGGACAUUUCUUCUAACGUGAAGCGGACGCGGCCCGGUGCUGGUGUAUGAAGCACCAGUCUUGUCUGGAAGACAGAGGGUUAACCAUGCUUUAGACCCGAUUCCCCAUCUGUGCAUCCCAUUGGCUGGUUUGAAUGACGCAGUCCGCUACCCAUGCGCCACUUUCUCUUUGCUACGUCUCUUACCUGUUGUAAAUAGUAUUUAUUAGUUGUUUCUGAGACCCCCGUGGGAGCGAGGCCGGGACAGACAUAGCGAGACCCUUAUACACCCCACUCUUCACUUAUAGACCCUAUAUAUAUAUAUAUAUACUGUAUAUAUAUAUAUCUGGAUCAUUACCGUCACGGACCCAGCAGGGCAUCAGUACCC